AUGACGGACUUCCCACCUAUGCAAAAUGAUUUACUCCUCCGUGCCGCCAGAGGCGAGCCGGUCGAACGUCCCCCAAUGUGGGUAAUGCGGCAAGCUGGCAGAUACCUCCCGGAAUACCAUGAAGCCAAGGGUAAAAACGACUUCUUCGCCGUCUGUCGAAACCCCAAACUUGCCUGCACCAUAACCCUCCAGCCGGUACUUCGGUACAAAAACCUUCUCGAUGCCGCCAUUAUAUUCUCCGACAUUUUAGUCAUACCUCAGGCAAUGGGUAUGACUGUAGAAAUGAUCGAACACAAAGGACCUUCGUUUCCAAACCCGUUAAGGAAACCAGAGGAUUUGGAGAAGUUGAAUGCGAAUGUGGAUGUUAAGAAGGAAUUGGGAUAUGUUUUUGAUGCUAUUAGUUUGACGAGAAGGGAGUUGAAUGGGUUGGUGCCUUUGAUUGGGUUUAGUGGUGCACCGUGGACUUUGAUGAGUUAUAUGAUUGAAGGUGGGGGGAGUAAGAUGUUUAUUCAGGUUAAGACUUGGGUGUUUAGAUACCCGGAGGAGAGUAAGAAGUUGUUACAGAUGAUUACGGAUGUCGUGGUGGAGUAUUGUGCUGAACAGGUGGUUGCUGGGGCUCAGUUGAUCCAAAUCUUCGACUCCUGGGCCGGCGAACUUAGCCCUUCGGAUUUCAAGAUCUUCUCCCUCCCAUACCUCCGACAAAUCUCCAAACGUCUUCCAGAGGUUAUCAAAUCCAAGGGAGCGGAACCGGUCCCCAUGACCGUCUUUGCCAAGGGUGCAUGGUACGCCCUCGACGAUCUCUGCGAUUCUGGAUAUGAUGUUGUCGGACUCGAUUGGCUACAUGAUCCAGCGGAAGCAGUUAAGAUUGCGAAUGGAAGAGUAACGCUUCAGGGAAAUAUGGACCCUGGUGCACUAUACGGCACUCGUGAAGCUAUUACGAAUGAGGUCGAAAGGAUGAUUGGUGGAUUUGGAGGCGGGAAGCAGAAGUAUAUUGUUAAUUUGGGACAUGGUAUUACACCGUUUGUGGACCCUGAGGAUAUGAGGUGGUUUUUGGAGGAGGUUAAGAGGGUGGGUAGUUUAGAGGCGGGAGAGGGGUUGCCGGCUACUUUGAUAUAA